AUAUAACACCUUCAAAAUCCUCAUUGAAAAGGGCCGAGAUCAGAUCACUUAAUAACAAAAUGGUAGUGAAAGUGUUUGGUCCAGUGCAUGCAGCUUGCCCCCAGAGAGUUUUGGCUUGCCUGCUUGAAAAGGAUGUGGAUUUCGAAAUUGUGCAUGUUAAUCUCGAUCAAGGGGAGCAUAAGCAACCGGAUUUUCUUGUUCGACAGCCGUUUGGGCAAGUUCCGGCUAUAGAAGAUGGGGACUUUAGGCUCUUUGAGUCUAGGGCAAUCAUAAGGUACUAUGCAGCAAAAUAUGCAGAGCGCGGUCCAAACCUACUGGGAAAGACAUUAGAAGAGAGAGCUCUGGUGGAUCAAUGGCUUGAAGUGGAAGCUCAUAAUUUCAAUGACUUGGUUUAUACUAUGGUUCUUCAGCUUGUUGUACUGCCGAGAAUGGGACAGCCGGGGGACUUGGCCUUGGUCCAUAGCUGUGAGCAGAAGCUGGAGAAAGUUUUAGACAUUUAUGAACAAAGGUUGUCUAAUUCCAAAUAUCUCGCUGGAGAAAGCUUCACACUCGCGGAUUUAACCCACCUUCCAGGCACAAGAUAUCUAAUGAAUGAAGCUAAAAUGGGACACUUAAUCACUGAGAGGAAACAUAUUAAUGCAUGGUGGGAGGACAUUUCCAGCCGCCCUGCUUGGAAGAAACUUAUGAAUCUUGCUUGUUUCUAAGUGUCUUGUGAUGAGUGAUUAAUUUGCUUUCUCUAGUUUGCUUUGUGUUGUAAUAAUUUAUUACUCUUGAUAAUAAAGUAAUAAUAAUUUGGUUUCCUCCUCCAA